GGAAUGUGAUUUCCAUAUUAGUCUUUGCUUCUCCCAUAAGCGUGUUGCAAGCCAUAUAUGUUACUCUUUAUCUCAUCUACGCUCCAAGGGACACGAGGGUGAAGAUGGCAAAGUUUGUGGCAAUUUUGAAUGUGGGAUUUUUGGGCUUGGUGAUAUUGGUUACACUUUUGGCAAUCCAUGGGAGUCACCGGCUCACUGUGAUAGGGUCCAUGUGUGCAGCUUUGACCGUGGGCAUGUAUGCUUCGCCCUUGGCAGCCAUGAGGAUGGUGGUGAAAACAAGGAGUGUUGAGUACAUGCCUUUCUUCCUCUCCUUCUUCCUCUUCCUCAAUGGUGGGGUAUGGAGUAGCUACUCUCUGCUUGUACAAGAUUACUUCAUUGGUGUUCCAAAUGGAAUUGGUUUUGCAUUAGGCUUGGUCCAACUGGUCCUCUAUGCUAUAUAUAGAAGGAAGACGCCGUUGGUAAAGGCAGCAGCGGCGUAUGAAGAGGAGGGCUCAACACACCUUGUGGGUGAAGUGGAGAUGCAAGGAUGUGAAGGCAAGGAUAGCUUCCAUGCAGCACAACAGAGGCACUUGAACAAAGGUAGCAGUCUACCAAAACCAUCAGUAUCUCGCCAAACCAGCUUAAAUAAAGCUGUGAGAUCCUUAUCCAUGACUGCUUGCGAGCUGCACUCAUAUUGGCACCAAAAUGAACGUUUGGGGAGUUAAGAACGCAGCAUCGCUCAAAAUGAUCUUACUCUUAUGAGCUAGAGGUAUGUCUAAUUGUACAACUUAUUUUAAGAAGUCCAAGAUCUUAAUGUAAAUUUUUCUUGUUAAUUUAAAAUAAUAUCACAAUCUCAACCAACAA